AUGUCGUGGGAUGAAAAGGAACUAGACUUUGAGGAUCUAAAUACUGAAAUUGACCAACGAUGUUCCAGUGAUAUAUUAAGAGUAUUUAAGAACAAUCAAGGAGUUUGUCUCUACAAACUUUUUAAUGACGAUGAGUUUAAUGAUGUUAUUAUGAUUUUUAAGCUCAUAAUCAAUAGGGAAAUGGAUGUAAAGAUAAUAAGUGAUGAGUAUGAAUACAAGGAUUUUGAUAAACUUACUUCCUGGAAUCAAUUAAAUGAGUUAAUUGAGAAAUACUUGCAAAAUGAUGAAUCUCAAAUGGUUUUUGAGGAAUAUGACGAAAUUAUUGAAGAAUCUAAUCCAGACAUCGAAUCUUUUGACACAGAAGAAGUCAUAGAAACAGUGGCACUAGUUGAAACAGAAGAAAUAUUUGAGGACGAGUCAAUGAUCGAUGAAAUUGAGGCUGAAACGGAAAAUCCAUUUCAAUGCACAAAUUGUCAUAUAAUCUUUAAGAAUACGCUGGGUCUUAGACAUCAUUCACAAAGCUGUAACAUCAAGAAAUCUAUAGUUCAAAAAUGCACAAUCUGUGAUCAGAAUUUCUCCUCAAACUUACAACUUCGACUACAUAUGAAAAGUCAUGAGGAUCAAAAGGGAUUGAAAUGUCCAUAUUGCACAAAAACAGUUGUUAAUAAUGGUAGCUUACAGAGACAUAUAAAAGCUAUUCAUCUGAAGCAACGACCACAUAAAUGCUCAUUAUGCGGUAAAGCCUUUGCAACAUCAACGAUAAGGAAUGCACACGAAAGGACACAUAAUAGAAACUCUGAAGUACAAAAAUAUUUAAGUAGGGAUGUCAAUGGAACCGUUUGCUAUCGAUGUCCAAAUUGUAAUGAUAUUUUCGAUACAUCAGAUCAUCUUAAGAAUCAUAUCGAAAAGAACUGCUAUAGACCACGAAAGAAGCGUACUUAUAAGUAUCCAUGCAGAUAUUGUGGAAAGCAAUUUGUAACCAAGAUAAUAGCUGCUAAGCAUUACUCAGAUGAUCAUGAUGUGAUAAUAAGUAAUCCACAAAAAUUUUGUUUCGAAUGUAAUGCAGAAGUUGAGGAUUACGUUAAUCACAUCAGGUUUCAUACAUGCCAAUUUAAAUGUAAUUAUUGUGGAACUAAAUUCUUAACUGAAGAAACAUGUCGACAGCAUGAGAUCUCAAAGCACUCCGUACCUGAAGAUCGUCCAUUCCAUUGCAGUUUUGAUUCAUGCAAUGCAUCUUUUAAGACUGAACAUCAUUUAAAGUCACAUAUUAAUUCAAUCCACGAUCAUAAUGAACGACUUUUUCGAUGUGAAAUAUGCAAUAGUAAAUUUGCAUCCAAAUCACUGCUUACUGCUCAUCUCAGAACACACGAUAAAGACAGUGCAAUAUUUUCUUGUAAGAUUUGCGGUAAGUCUUUCAAAAAGCUAGCUACACUUAAGAAUCACUCAGUUGCACUGCAUCAAACAGAUGAAAUUUAUGAAUGUGGACUUGACGAGUGUCAGCUACGAUAUAAGUUCCUUCAAGAUCUCAAAAUUCAUCGGCAAAACACACACGGAAUGAAUUUGAAUAUUCAGAAAUAUUUCCAUGAAGGUGAUGAAUAG